CUUGAAGAAAGAAGUAAACAAGAAGAGAAGAAGAUGAAGAACGUUAUGGUGGUCAUUGACGAGAGCAACUCAAGUUAUGAAUUACUCAUUUGGGCUCUUGAAAACCACAAAGAGACCAUUGAGAGUUCCAACGUUUUUAUCUUUGCAACACAGCCACAAAACUCUUUUACUCCUCCCACUGUGCUCUCUUCAUCAGUAGGCUUUGCUCAAAUCUUCUAUCCGUUUUCACCUAAUUCAGAACUGAUAAGAUUGGCUCAUGAAAAGAAUAUGAGAAUUGCUUUGGGUAUAUUAGAGAAAGCCAAGAACAUUUGUUUAAGUCAUGGGAUUAAAGCAGAGACAUUUACAUAUGCUGGCGAACCUAAUGACCUAAUCCCAAAGAUCAUUCAAGAACGACAGAUCGAUGUAUUAGUUAUGAGCGCUCAACAAACUCAAAAGUGUUUACAUAAUAUGAUGGAGAUUAUGAUGUAA